AUGACUACUGUUGAAGUUCCUCUUAAACGCGUUAAACGUAAAAUAAAAAAGUGUCAAAAUCCAUUAUUUGAAAAAUGGCUUAAAGAGUGGAAAGAUGAAGCAAAAAAAAGUGGUUCCGAAAUGCAUUACACAUUCAAUAGAGCGCUUACUUCUUUAAAAAAGUUUCCAUUUAAAUUAAAUAGUGGAAAAGAAUGCAUCAUUUUAGAAAAUUUUGGAUCAAAAAUUUGUCAAAUGCUUGAUAAAAAAUUAGAAGAGUUUAACGCUGCUAACUCCAAGGUAAAAGAAUGUUUUGAUAAAGUAGAGGAGAAUUCCAAUAAAGUUGCUUUUGAACCUGUAUCAAUAGAUUUAGUGAAAAGUAAAAAGUCAAAUUAUGUUCCUGCCUACAGAUCUGGUGGUUAUGCCAUUUUAUUAAAUAUAGAUUCUAAUCAAGAAGAUGAAACUAUUUUUAUGCUUCCAAACAGUUUUCAAAUAAUUCUUCUUGUAGAUAAUCAAGAAAGAGACAAUAAAUUUCAAAAAUCUGAUCAAAUGACCAUGCGUCAGUUAAAAUGUAGGCACGUUAAUUUUGAAAUCAGGCAUUUAAAAGUUGGAGAUUUUAUAUGGAUUGCAAAAAAUAAUGAGGGGCAAGAGUUGGUUUUACCUUAUAUAGUAGAGAGAAAAAGAAUGGAUGAUUUGGCUCAAAGUAUUAAGGACGGACGAUUUCACGAACAAAAAUUUAGAUUAAAACAAUCAAAAUUAGAUAAUUUAAUAUAUUUGGUUGAGAAAUACGGAACAGAAAAUCAAAGACUCGGUUUACCCAUGCCAACACUUUUACAAGCGAUUUCAAAUACUCAAAUCGUGGGCGGUUUCACCGUUAAAAUAACCGAAUCUCACAAUCAUUCAAUGAGAUAUUUAGAUUGCAUGACAAUACAAUUAAAUAAAAUAUUUAAGGUGUGA